AAAACCCAUCAGAGUGCUCUGCAGGUACAGCAGAAGGCUGAGGCCUUACUCCAGGCGAACCACUAUGACAUGGAUAUGAUCAGGGACUGUGCGGAAAAGGUGGCUGACCACUGGCAGCAGCUGAUGCUGAAGAUGGAGGACCGACUCAAGCUGGUGAAUGCUUCUGUGGCCUUCUACAAGACCUCUGAACAGGUGUGCAGUGUGUUAGAGAGCCUGGAGCAGGAGUACAAGAGAGAAGAAGACUGGUGUGGCGGUGCUGAUAAACUGGGCCCGAACUGUGAGUCAGAUCACGUCACUCCCAUGAUCAGCAAACAUCUGGAGCAGAAGGAAGCUUUCCUCAAAGCAUGUACGUUAGCCAGGCGUAACGCUGACGUCUUCUUGAAGUAUCUGCACAGGAACAGUGUGAACAUGCCCGGCAUGUUGUCCCAUGUCAAAGCUCCAGAGACUCAGGUUAAGAAUAUUUUGAAUGAGUUGCUGCAGAGAGAGAAUCGAGUGCUCCACUUCUGGACGAUGAGGAAACGGAGGCUGGACCAGUGCCAGCAGUAUGUUGUGUUUGAACGCAGCGCAAAGCAGGCCCUGGAGUGGAUCCAUGACACUGGGGAGUUUUACCUGUCCACACACACAUCCACCGGCUCCAGCAUUCAUCACACACAGGAGCUGCUAAAAGAGCAUGAAGACUUCCAGAUCACAGCAAAGCAAACUAAAGAGCGGGUGAAGCUGUUGAUCCAGCUGGCCGAUGGGUUUUGUGACAAGGGACACGCCCAUGCCCUGGAGAUAAAGAAAUGGGUAUCCUCGGUGGACAAGCGCUACAGGGACUUCUCUCUCCGCAUGGACAAAUAUCGUACCUGCCUGGAAACGGCUCUUGGCAUUUCUUCCGACUCCAACAAAGCUAGUAAAGAGCUGCAACUGGACAUCAUCCCGGCCAGCGCUCCAGGGUCAGAGGUCAAGCUGAGGGAUGCUGCUCAUGAACUCAACGAGGAGAAGAGGAAGUCAGCGCGAAGGAAAGAAUUUAUAAUGGCUGAGCUGAUUCAAACAGAGAAAACCUACGUCAGAGACCUACGGGAGUGUAUGGAUACGUACCUGUGGGAGAUGACCAGCGGCGUGGAGGAGAUUCCUCCUGGUAUUGUCAACAAGGAACACAUCAUCUUUGGGAACAUGCAGGACCUUUACGAGUUUCAUCACAACAUCUUCCUGAAGGAGUUGGAGAAGUAUGAGCAGCUGCCAGAGGAUGUUGGCCAUUGCUUUGUGACCUGGGCUGAUAAGUUCCAGAUGUAUGUGAACUACUGUAAGAACAAACCCGACUCCACUCAGCUCAUCCUGGAACAUGCUGGACCCUACUUUGAUGAAAUCCAACAAAGGCACCGCCUUGCCAACUCUAUCUCUUCUUAUCUGAUCAAACCGGUCCAGAGAAUCACUAAAUACCAGCUCCUGCUUAAGGAGUUGUUGACAUGCUGUGAGGAGGGUAAAGGUGAGAUCAAGGACGGUCUUGAAGUGAUGCUCAGUGUACCCAAGAGAGCCAAUGAUGCCAUGCACCUCUCUAUGCUGGAUGGGUUUGACGGAAACAUUGACUCCCAGGGAGAGUUGAUCCUCCAGGAGUCCUUCCAGGUCUGGGAUCCAAAGACACUGAUCCGAAAGGGUCGUGACCGACAUCUCUUUCUUUUUGAGAUGUCGCUGGUCCUCAGCAAAGAAGUCAAAGACUCCAACGGACGUAGCAAGUACCUGUACAAGAGCAAGCUCUUUACAUCUGAGCUCGGAGUGACCGAACAUGUGGAGGGAGAUCCUUGUAAAUUUGCCUUGUGGGUGGGCAGGACCCCGACCUCAGACAACAAGAUCGUCCUCAAGGCUUCAAGUAUUGAGAACAAGCAGGACUGGAUUAAACACAUUCGGGAGGUUAUCCAGGAGCGAACUGUCCACCUGCGUGGAGCUCUGAAGGAGCCCAUCCACAUCCCCAAAGCUACAACAACCAAACAUAAAGGCAGACGUGACGGAGAGGAGCUGGACAGCCAGGGAGACGCCAGCAGCCAACCUGACACCAUCUCCAUCGCCUCGCGCACAUCCCAGAACACACUGGACAGCGAUAAGCUGUCCGGAGGCUGUGAGCUGACCGUGGUGAUCCAUGACUUUGUGUCCAGUAACGGUGGCAGCAGUGGGGAGCUGACGGUACGCCGUGGACAGACUGUGGAGGUUCUGGAGCGACUCCAUGACAAGCCAGACUGGUGCUUGGUGCGCACCACGGACCGCUCCCCGGCCCAGGAGGGCAUCGUGCCCUGCUCCAUGCUCUGUAUCGCUCACUCCAGGUCCUCCAUGGAGAUGGAGGGGCUCUUCAACCACAAAGGUAGGAGUAGAAUUUUUUUAUUGGCAUUUUGUACAAACUCUAGCAACUGUCCUGGAAGUUAGUUUGUAAU